CUGCUCUAGUAGGAUGUAAAACCUCUAACCCACUCUCUGGAAAGUGCUGAUUGGCCCUGUGCUGAUCACAUGCACUCUCCGAAGAAAAAAAAAAACCUCUCUAGCAAUACACAUCAAACUGAACAUAUAACUUUGGCUACGGGUUCAGUCUGUCUCAUCAGUAGAAGAAGAGGAGGAUCAGAGAAGAUAGGAUCAAACAUCCUUUUUACACAAUGCAGAGGAUUAACCCCUUAGGUUCCACAGUGAGUAUGACAAGCAUGUUUUACUGCAUAUACAGACUGGUUUUUACCAUUGUGGGUUUAG